UGCCCCCUUUGUGUGUUUGUGAGGAUGUUAGCUAAGCGCUGCCUCUGAGGUUGGGGGAGACGGAGCAACGUGUUUUGGGUCAUUGACGGCUCUUUUUUUUUUUAAUUUUCGCUGAUCAUUGGCUCAGGAGAGCUUAAUGAAUGAACACUGAGAGACAACAACAGCCGCACAAACAGCCUGACGCCUGACAGAGCGAGAGAGAGAGAGAGCACACCUCGACCCGGGACUACACACACACGCACACAAACACACACACACACACAAACACCACAUACCCUCCACCCCCUCCCUUCCUGGACACCCCCGGUCCACUCUCCAGCAGUCCCACGUCAUUUUCCCUCCUCCCUUGACCGAGGAGCAAGGUUUAGGAGGGAUUAAUCCAACAUCCAACCAGCAAAAGGAAAUAACAUUAAAACGCCGGGAAAAUGUCGGGCAGCGAGGAUGAGAGGGAAGACUUUGGAGCCGCGGACGAGCACUCACUUCUUCACGACGACAACGAGCCGGAGGAUGCUGUGUCGGACGUAGACGAGGUGCCCAAGUCGAAGAAGAAGAAGAAAGCCAAAAAGAGCAGCCGGGAGAGCAGGAGCAGCAAGAGGCAGCGACCCAUCAGAGAGGAGUUGCCAGUAAGCUCCCCAGAGCACCUGAUAGGAGUGGAACCAGCAGAAAGGGAUGCGGAUGAGGGAGGUGUGCGGUCAGAGAGUGAAGGAAGUGAUUAUGCCCCAGGGAGGAAAAAGAAAAAGCGCUCUAGCUCGACCAAAGAUAAGAAGAAAGGAGGUGCAGCUGCAGAGAAAGGAGGCUCAUCCAGCUCAAAGAGCAAACGUAAAGAUCCAGAACCAGAGGAUGAUGAGGAUGACGAUGAUGACUGCCAGCCGAAAAGCUCUACCCAGCUGCUGGAGGCCUGGGGCAUGAAAGACAUUGACCACGUGUUUACUCAGGAAGACUACAGCUCCCUUACCAACUACAAGGCUUUCAGCCAGUUUGUAAGGCCAUUAAUUGCGGCAAAGAACCCCAAAAUUGCUGUGUCAAAGAUGAUGACUUUGAUGAUGGCUAAGUGGAGAGAAUUCAGCACAAACAACCCUCUUAAGGGUUGUGCAACUGCCAAUGCAGCCCUGGCAGCUGCCAAUGUGGCUGCAGCUGUGGAGAACAUGGUGGUGGCCGGGACAGACGGAGGGGCAGACACCAGCGCUGCCACUUCAUCUGCACCUGCUCCUGCCGCUGCUCCGACACCUGCUGCCCCCCCAGCAGCCCCAGCACCUCCACUACGGAAGGCCAAGACCAAAGAGGGCAAAGGUCCCAAUGCUCGUAGAAAGUCAAAGCCUACUAGUAAACCUGCACCUAAGGCCAAACCCAAGAAGGUAGCUCCACUCAAGAUCAAACUUGGAGGCCUCAACAGCAAGAGAAAGCGCUCCUCUAGUGAUGAGGAUGAGCCAGAUGUGGACAGUGACUUUGACGAUGGGGGUUUCUCUGUGUCAGAUGGCUCUAACCGCAGCAACCGCAACAAGAAGAAGCCCAAGAGUGCAAAGAAAAAGAAGAAAGUGGAGACUGAGGAUGGCGAUGGUUAUGAGACAGACCAUCAGGACUACUGCGAGGUGUGCCAGCAGGGAGGAGAGAUCAUUUUGUGUGACACCUGUCCCCGAGCUUAUCACAUGGUCUGUCUGGACCCUGACAUGGAGAAGGCACCUGAGGGCAAGUGGAGCUGCCCACACUGUGAGAAGGAGGGAAUCCAGUGGGAGGCCAGGGAUGAGCUCUCUGAGGCUGAAGGGGAAGACGAGGAAGACAGACGAGAUGAAGGGGUGGAGGAAGAAGAUGACCACCACAUUGAGUUUUGCCGAGUGUGUAAGGAUGGAGGGGAGCUGCUUUGCUGUGACACCUGCCCCUCCUCCUAUCACAUCCACUGUCUCAACCCUCCUCUUCCUGAAAUCCCCAAUGGAGAAUGGAUCUGCCCCCGCUGCAAGUGUCCACCGAUGAAAGGCAAAGUUCAGAAGGUUAUAAUAUGGCGCUGGGGGAAGCCUCCAGCUCCCACACCUGUCCCCAGGCCUGCUGACCUGCCUGCUGACGCUCCUGAUCCCCCACCGCUGGCGGGCCGCAGGGAGAGGGAGUUCUUUGUCAAAUGGUGCAAUAUGUCCUACUGGCACUGCUCCUGGGUGCUGGAGCUGCAGUUGGAGCUGAACUGCCAGGUGAUGUUCCGUAACUACCAGAGGAAGACUGACAUGGACGAACCUCCACCUGUGGAUUUUGGAGUCGAGGGUGAUGAUGGCAAGAGCACCAAGAGGAAGAACAAGGAUCCUCUUUUUAUUCAUAUGGAGGAGGAGUUUUACCGCUAUGGAGUCAAGAUGGAGUGGCUGAUGAUACACCGCAUCCUUAACCACAGUGUUGACAAAAAGAACAACGUACAUUACCUGAUCAAAUGGAGAGAUCUGGCCUACGACCAGUCAACCUGGGAGAGUGAAGACAUGGACAUCCCAGAGUUUGACACCUACAAGCAGACCUACUGGAACCACAGGGAGUUGAUGAUUGGGGAUGAGGGCAGACCUGGUAAGAAACUGAAGAAGCCAGUCAAAGUCAAGAAGGCUGAGCGGCCACCUGCUAAUCCAGUUGUAGAUCCCACCAUCAAGUUUGAUCGGCAGCCUGACUACCUGGACAGCACAGGAGGCACCCUGCACCCCUACCAGCUAGAGGGGUUGAACUGGCUGAGGUUUUCUUGGGCUCAGGCCACCGACACUAUCCUGGCUGAUGAGAUGGGUUUAGGCAAGACUGUACAGACUGCUGUCUUCCUCUACUCAUUGUAUAAGGAGGGUCACUCCAAAGGUCCCUUCCUGGUCAGCGCUCCUCUGUCCACCAUCAUUAACUGGGAGAGAGAGUUUGAGAUGUGGGCCCCUGACAUGUACGUGGUGACCUAUGUAGGGGACAAAGACAGCAGGGCUGUCAUCAGAGAAAAUGAGUUCUCCUUCGAAGGAAAUGCCAUCCGAGGGGGAAAAAAGGCUUCCAAAAUGAAAAAAGACUCAACAGUUAAAUUCCACGUCCUGCUGACAUCCUAUGAGUUGAUUACCAUUGACCAGGCUGUGCUGGGGUCCAUUGAAUGGGCCUGUCUGGUUGUGGAUGAGGCACACAGACUCAAGAACAACCAGUCCAAGUUCUUCCGAGUGUUGAACAACUAUCCGUUGCAACACAAGCUGUUGCUGACCGGCACUCCUCUUCAGAACAACCUGGAGGAGCUCUUCCACUUGCUUAACUUCCUGACCCCAGAGAGAUUCAACAACCUGGAAGGGUUCCUGGAGGAGUUUGCGGACAUUGCCAAAGAGGACCAGAUCAAGAAGCUCCAUGACAUGCUGGGACCACACAUGCUCAGGAGGCUGAAGGCUGAUGUUUUCAAACACAUGCCUUCAAAGACUGAGCUUAUUGUUCGAGUGGAGCUUAGCCCUAUGCAGAAGAAAUACUACAAGUUCAUCCUAACACGUAACUUUGAGGCCCUGAACACGCGUGGAGGAGGAAAUCAAGUCUCUUUGCUCAAUGUAGUGAUGGACCUCAAAAAGUGCUGCAAUCACCCCUACCUCUUCCCUGCAGCUGCUACAGAGGCACCAAAACUUCCAAAUGGCAUGUAUGAGGGCACUGCCCUGACCAAGUCUUCAGGGAAGCUGACGCUGCUUCAGAAAAUGAUGAAGAAGCUGAAGGAAGGAGGCCACAGGGUUCUAGUCUUCUCUCAGAUGACCAAAAUGCUUGACCUGCUUGAGGACUUCCUGGAAAAUGAGGGAUACAAAUAUGAGCGAAUUGAUGGAGGAGUCACAGGCAACUUGAGACAGGAGGCUAUCGACCGCUUUAAUGCUCCUGGUGCUCCUCAGUUUGCGUUCCUCCUCUCUACCAGAGCCGGUGGUUUGGGCAUUAAUCUCGCCUCUGCUGACACCGUCAUUAUCUACGACUCUGACUGGAACCCCCACAACGACAUCCAGGCGUUCAGCAGAGCUCACCGUAUUGGCCAGAACAGGAAGGUGAUGAUCUAUCGCUUCGUUACAAAAGCGUCAGUGGAGGAGCGGAUCACACAGGUGGCGAAGAAGAAGAUGAUGCUCACUCACUUGGUGGUGCGACCCGGUCUCGGCUCCAAGACAGGCUCCAUGUCUAAGCAGGAGCUUGAUGAUAUCCUAAAAUUUGGAACUGAAGAGCUGUUUAAGGAUGAGAUUGGAGAGGGGGACAACAAGGAGGAUGACAGCAGUGUGAUCCACUACGAUGACCACGCAAUUGACCGUUUGCUAGACAGGAACCAGGAUGCUACGGACGACACUGAACUUCAGAGCAUGAACGAAUACCUCAGCUCCUUUAAAGUGGCCCAGUAUGUGGUCAAAGAUGAGGACGACGAGGAGGAGGAGGUGGAGAGGGAGGUUAUUAAGCAGGAGGAAAGUGUGGAUCCUGACUACUGGGAGAAGCUGCUUCGUCACCACUAUGAGCAGCAGCAGGAGGAUCUUGCCCGCAAUUUGGGAAAAGGCAAAAGAACUCGAAAGCCGGUCAACUACAACGACGGCUCCCAGGAGGACCGAGGUAUAAGACAGGACUGGCAAGAGGAUCAAUCUGACAACCAGUCUGACUACUCAGUGGCCUCGGAGGAGGGCGACGAGGACUUUGAUGAACGGUCUGAAGCUAACGCCCGCAGACCAAACCGUAAAGGGCUGAGGAACGACAGGGACAAACCUCUGCCUCCGCUGUUGGCAAGAGUGGGCGGGAACAUUGAGGUUUUGGGCUUUAAUGCACGGCAGAGGAAGGCUUUCCUGAAUGCAGUGAUGCGUUAUGGGAUGCCUCCUCAGGAUGCUUUUACCAACCAGUGGCUGGUCAGAGACCUCCGAGGGAAGUCUGAGAAAGAAUUCAAGGCUUAUGUGUCUCUGUUCAUGCGUCACCUUUGUGAGCCCGGGGCUGAUGGAGCUGAGACCUUCGCAGAUGGCGUCCCACGUGAGGGUCUGUCGAGGCAACAUGUGCUUACUCGCAUUGGUGUGAUGUCCCUUAUUAGGAAAAAGGUGCAGGAGUUUGAGCAUGUGAACGGUCAGUGGUCCAUGCCCUGGAUGGCAGAGCUGGAGGAGAACAAAAGGGCAGUGGCUUUGGCCGCAGGUGAAGAUCCCAAGACUCCCUCUACUGGGACUCCUGCAGACACACAACCCAACACUCCUGUCCCAGAGGAUUUGUCUAAAUUAGAUGACAAGGAAGACAUGAAGAAGGAGGGAGACGAGAGCAAAGGAGCCAAGAAGGCAGAUGAUCCAGAGAUUAUUGAAAUCCCGGAUGAGUCUGAGAAAUCCCCUGCACUUGAAAAGAAAGAAGCAGACUCUGCUGUGGGAAAGGAGGAGAUAGAGAAGGAGACUGGAAGUGCAGGUGAAGGCAAGGAGAAGGUGGCAGAAGACAUGAACAAGGACAAAGAAGACAAGGACAAGUCUUCAGAGAUGGAAAAGGACGCUUCUGCUGAGGUCAAGGGUGAAGGUUCAGACGGCAAGGCGGACUCAGAAGACAAGUCUAAAGCUGAGGAGGUCAAAGAUGAGAAGAUGGAUACCAGUUCACCAGUGGACAAAGAUCAAAAAGAGGAAAAGGACGGUGUGAAAACGGACGAAUCUGGCAAACUGCAGAAUGGAGAGAACACCAAAGAAGGAGGAACAGCUGCACCGGUGGUUAACGUCAGUGAAGAGAAGAAGAAAGCCACCAAACAGAGGUUCAUGUUCAACAUCGCAGAUGGAGGAUUCACAGAGCUUCACUCUCUGUGGCAGAAUGAAGAGAGGGCAGCCACUGUCACCAAGAAGACCUUUGAGAUCUGGCACCGUCGCCAUGACUACUGGCUGCUGGCUGGCAUCAUACAACACGGCUACGCUCGGUGGCAGGAUGUGCAGAACGAUGUGAGGUUUGCCAUCCUCAAUGAGCCCUUCAAAGGGGAGAUGAGCAGAGGAAACUUCCUGGAGAUCAAGAACAAGUUCCUGGCUCGCAGGUUCAAGUUACUGGAGCAGGCGUUGGUAAUCGAGGAGCAGUUGCGCAGGGCAGCCUACCUGAACAUGACAGAGGACCCGGCACACCCCUCCAUGGCCCUCAACACGCGCUUUAGUGAGGUGGAGUGUCUCGCAGAGUCCCACCAGCACCUCAGCAAGGAGUCCAUGUCUGGAAACAAGCCUGCCAAUGCAGUGCUGCAUAAAGUUCUCAAACAACUCGAGGAACUUCUGAGCGACAUGAAAGCUGAUGUCACACGUCUCCCGGCAACCAUCGCCAGGAUACCCCCUGUCGCCGUGCGACUGCAAAUGUCCGAGAGGAAUAUCCUCAGCCGAUUGGCCAGCCGGGGGCCCGAGGUCACGGCCCAGAACCAGUCACAGACCUCACAGCAGAUGCAGGUGCCGCGCUGACCAAUCAUCUCACACAUUUCACACUCACUGACUUGAGGCUGACCGCCCUCAUCUCACCGCCGCGUAGCAAACGUCCUCCCCAUCAACCACCAUGUACAGCACAGUCAGGUUAGUCCUCCUCGCUCUACACCCACAACCCAUCUCCGGACUCAGAAGAGCAUCAGCUGUGCUGCUGGACCUUUACUGAACAGACUGGAACUGUAGAUGUAGGAUGGGAGUGAACGGAAGAAUCACUUCUCUCUCUUUGUGGCAGACUAGAAACAGGUCUUUCUUCUCCAACGGGAAUCUGGUUUAACUCCUCUAACCUGAGCACUGUCGUCGUGACCGAACUGCAGGCAGCCCCCCCUCCCCCGACCUGUCCUGUUCUGUCUCUGCAGCAGGGUCAAACGUGUUUAUGUAACUAUAUGUAUCAUGAAGCUGUCGAGGCUAGACGGAAGAAUAAGCAGCAUGUUUGGAGUAUACCGGUGCUUUGUAGUAAUUUUUGGAUUAUUAAAGAAUUCAAGGGAUUUUACUGUGCUCAUUUUCACAUUUAGGAAAUGUGAAAUUUUCAACUUUUACUUUAAAAGUCUAAUGUCCUCACCUGUGUGUGUGUGUGUGUGUGUGUGUGUGUGUGUGUGUGUGUGUGUGUGUGUGUGUGUGUGUGUGUGUGUGUGUGUGUGUGUGUGUGUGUGUGUGUGUGUGCGCGUGUCUAUUUCCAAUGUGUGUGUAUGUAUAAAACUGGGCAUAUUGAUGUGCAUCUCUACUGCCGAAUGCCCCCCAAGACUGAGAGACUGUCGCUGUCACUUUUCUAUGAGUCAGUCAGAUCUGUUACCUCUUCACGCAUCCUUCCAUCUCAAACACCCACCUGUCUCAUUAGGAGACCAAACCCAGGAUUAUCUCUCUGUGCUCACACCCCAACCAGCACCUCGACAUUCCUAACUGCACCGCAGAUUAGCUUUCUGGAAACUCUCCUGUGUUCGCCUGAAAUUCGGACAUGCAGUAGCUCCACAGCUUUUCGGUACUUGGGAUGGUUUUAAGAAUGAUGGCAAUCUUAAUUUAAUUUCUUACUGUCUAAUGUUAUGUUGUUUUCCAUAUUGAAUAUAAUUAUUAUGGUUACCACCUCGUUGUUUUUAUCAUUGCUGUUGGG